AGCGCUGUGAGUAUACUGAGCUGGGCAAGGUGCCCUCUGUCUCUAUGGCGCCUCCUCAGCAGGCCCCUCAGGGCUGGGACCGGCAGCAGGACCAGAUGGGACCACAAUGUUUCGGGGGCAGCCCAGGGGCACCCAGACUAACCGACGAGGACAAGCUGUCAAGCCUCUUUGAUGGACCUUCAUCUGGAUCAGGGUUCAAGGUGGAGUCGUCUGACCUCAAGGUGCCAGGGAGGAUGGGUGUUGGACUCGGGGCACCUUUGGGUCUGGGCAGUGCUUGGGAGAGCCCCACAAAUUCCGUCUCCUCUUCGCCCUUUCCAGCCUGCCCUGGGAAACUCUUCUCUACCCCGGGACAAGAACACAGGGCCAAUGGAGCUGCAGCCCUGCGGGUGUCACCUGCUGUGCAGCUUGACGCCUCACCAUUCCCCAACACACAAAAGGUGGACAACUGUGUAUGGAAUCCCUCCUUCUCUGGGCCACCCCACACAGGCCUUAAGCCUGCUGUUCAGACUUCUGCACCUGCACCUGCAGACAACUACUGUGUCAUUGGUGUUGUCAACGACAACUACUCUAACUUCUCUGAAGACAGUGAUGAGGACACGGAGCCUACUUUACCUCGAGGAGGAGGGACCGAGCAGCAACACAAAGCCGUGAGGCGCGCCAUUUCUGACUGCUCCCACCUGUCUGUGCCGGGUAGCUUUGACUUCUCCCAGUACCCAGUGCAGCCUGGCGGACUAGUGGACCUGCCCUCGCCUGGAAGUAACAUUAUGGGGUCCAAGUCUCCACACUCGGCUGUGCAACGCUCUCUGACAGUGGGGGAGGAGAGAAAGACUGUGUCGCCCACACUCUCUCCUCUGUCCCCACUGAGCCCUGUCAGGGCCCCCAACUCCCCUCCCCCCAGGAAAGGUACUGGUAAUGGGAUGUCACAGAGCCAGAGUGAGAGUGUUCUACUGCCGGUUCCCCUCACUGGAAAAACCUUCAACAGCAUCAAUACCAAAAGCUCCAUUGAGGUGAAAGCAGAGAAUAAGGACAAACAAGAGAAGGCAGAUUUCUUCCCGAAGACAGAUAACUUGAACAUAUUUGAGAAGACGGAGAAGUCCGACAAGAUGGAGAAGAAAGAGAAAGAAGAUGAAUUUAAGAAAGUCGACAAUGCGGACAAGACCUCAAAAUCUGACAAGAUCCUCAAAGAUGAAGAGAAGUUCCAUAAGACGGAGAAGAAUUAUACAAAUGAAAAAGUGGACAAGCCAGAGAAGACAAACAAAGAUGAGAAGAUGGAGAAGAAUGAAAAUGGGGAGAAAACUGACAAGAUGGUCAAAGCUGAAAAUAACGAAAAGGCUGGGAAAGGUACUGCAAAGUCCCCAACAACCAACGGGAGCAAGCAGGACCUCACCAGCCCAGACAGUAAGGCCAAGCCUGCUGUUGGGUCAACCAAACCAAACUCUGCCAAAACACGGCCCACCUCUUUGUCCACUGGGGACGCAGCUGGCCCCCCAAAACGUUCCUCCCCCACCUCCAGCUCUGCCAAUAAAAAAAGUCCUGUUACCAAGGCAACCACUCCCACUGCUUGCACCAAGCAGCCAACGCCCGCUGCCAGUCAAACCCCUAAAGUCACCAAGUCCAUGACUCCGGAAAACGGUCCCCCUGUGCCAAAGGCCAACGGCACGGCAAAUAAGAACGGUUCCUCUACAACCGUCACUACUAAACCUGCUGGGCCACGCCCCUCUGCUAGUGCCCCCUCUCUGCGCCGCAACACUGUUCCCAAGACUGAUAUCAAGCCAAGUGAUGUGAAGAAGCCUAGUACGCUGAAGACAACACCAAUCAAGCCCAGGGUUCCUCGCACCUCCGCCACUGCUCCGAGCACUCCUGCCACCAACGGGGAGCAGCCUCGCCGACGCAUCACCAAACCCCCAGUGCCCAAGCAGACUGCUAUGGAGAGGAAGCCACCUGUACCCAGAGCACCUAGGACUCCCAGACCUAUCAACGCACCCCUGCCGGACCUAAAGAAUGUGCGCUCCAAGAUCGGCUCCACAGACAACAUGAAGUACCAGCCUACCGGCGGCAAGGUUAUGAUAGUCCACAAAAAACUGGACUUCAGCCAUAUCACCUCUCGCUGUGGCUCCAAGGAUAAUAUCAAGCAUGUCCCUGGUGGAGGGAAUGUCCAGAUUCAGCAUAAGAAGGUGGACAUGAGCAAAGUGACCUCCAAGUGUGGCUCUAAGGAUAACAUCAAGCACAAGCCAGGGGGUGGAGACGUGAAGAUUGAGGCUAAGGCCAAUGGCAAUGGUAAUGGAAAGCCCAAGGUGGGGUCAAUGGACAAUAUUGGCCUUGAGGCAGGGGAUGGACAAAUCAAGGCUGAGGGGAUGCCAGAGAAAGCUGCAGGGAAAACAUCUCCCCCUGGUGGAGCUCCAGCUACAGGUGCAGGAAGCAUGGCUAAGGAGAACGGGAAUAAGGCCACGCCUCAACCUAAUCCCUUUGGGGGUGACCCGAUGGGCAUGGACAAACGCAUCCCUGAGACAAAUUGAGUCUUAUAAGCUGAGCUUUCGCGAGAACGCACGGGCUCGCACCACCAACGGCGCCGACCUUAUCUCUUGGCCCACCCCGAUUGGCAGCCCCCCCUCACCCCCAUCGCAGCACCUCUCUCUGUGUUUCUCUGGGGUCCGCCAGCUUCCUCCUCCACACCCUCCAGCUCCGACCCAGCCCCUCGUCACCCAGCCAUGGGGCAGGGGGAAAAAUACUGAAUGCUAGCAGAACAAGGACUUCUUUAGCACAUUCCAACUUAUUCCUUUUACCUCACAAUACAGUAUCGCAUCACUACUCUCUACCCUCAUUGAAUAUCUGUCUUAGUCUUCUGGUCUCAGAAGAGCCAGUUUUAAAGUAUAGAGACCAGAGUUGACAGAUAGAGGAAGGUAUUUCUGUACAGUGAGGUUUUGUCUCUUCUGGAUUGCCCUGGCUGUAAUAUAAGGGGAGUAGUAUGACCUCAGAGUGAACCUUCUAGAAUCUAGACCCUCAGUGUUCUGUUGUAGUUAUGUCAGCGCCUGCUUCUUUUGUUCCAGCCUAUAAGCACUGUUCUUAUACGUACAGUAGUGCAGUCUUGAUCAAAAUCACAAACACCUACAGUGUCGCACUGUAUAUUAGUAUGACUUUUUCGUCAUAGACUAUCACAAUGAGCCACUGCUAUGUAUGUGACAGGCCUAACCCUAGAUGUAAAACCUUCCUUACCAUAUCUAACCCUCUGGAUGAGCAUAGCCUCCCCUGUACUGUAGGGACCCCAGAUUUCACUUAUACAGUACAUUAUGAUGAUUAGUGAAACACCCCUUAUUGUGAGCAUGUGGGACUGUUAUGUCAUCCCAAUGAACAGCGGCUAAUAUGUCACCCCCUCACUUAACCAAUUCAGUAUGUCUAGAUAACCUUCUGUAAACCUGUGACCCCCCCACACAACCCUCUAAACAAUAAGAAACUAGUAGGCUGUUACAAACAGUAGGAUAUUUAACAUCUCUUUUUAAAAAAACUCUGUAUUGUGUUUUAGUAAAUUAUUGUAACAAUGAGCUGAUGUGUUGUUCUGUUGUUUAAUCAUCAAUAU